AUGAGAGCACUGGAAAUUGUUUUGCCUGCUGAUGAGGCACAAUUGAUCAAGCCAAUUAAGACUGCAUUGGAGACAAAUAAAAAUUUCAUUAAACCAAUUCACAGAGACAAUAAUGGCAAUAUUAUUAUCAGAACUAACGUGACAACUAUACCUGAAUAUUUGACUACAUUCCAUAUUGGAAACACCACCAGAGAAUACGAAUUUGAAUCAGAAACUAUUUCCGAGCAUGAAUUGCUACGAUUCACAAGAAAAUGGUUUGAAACUCGAGCGGGAAGAGAUGUGCAUGAAUCGACAAUUUCUGACUUAAUUAAUCAUACUCCUUUCAAAUACUCGAAAUAUCCGCCACUGCUGUUGUUCAAUAACUCGAAGGAAAGAACAUUUAGACAUGACAUUUGGAGUCUAGUACCUCAGGACGUAAAGAAUGCAUAUUUUAAUGAUGUGCUAUCUCAUUUGGAUGACGACGAGAAUGAUCCCGAACACUCGCUGAAAUUCCUGGGUAUUAAUAAACCAAUCUUGGAGACUGAUGUUAUGAGGCAGCCUAAAAAUAUCGACAUUCUAUAUUCUAAGAUACCAUCUUCCCAAGAUAGUGAUGAUAUUUGGUGUAGCUUAAAACAAAAUGGGAUAUGGCAGGUUUGGAACCCAUUAUACACAAUGUUUAGCCGUGGUAAUAUUAAAGAAAAGAAGAGAGUAUUAGAUAUGUUUAAGGCUACAACUGCUGAUAUGGAUGUUGUUGAUCUUUAUUGUGGUAUUGGAUAUUUCAGUUUCAGUUACUUAAUGAACAAUGCCAGAAAUGUCUUUGGAUUUGAUUUGAAUAAAUGGAGUAUUGAAGGCUUGAAUAGAGGUCUAAUCCUAAAUAAAUUUGAACAAGAUAAGUGUCAUUUUUUUAAUACCGAUAAUGAGAAAAGUAUUGAAUUACUUAAAGAGUUCAGAGAUGAGAAAUUAGGAGGUGACCGUUUAAAGAUACGACAUAUUAAUUUGGGGUUAUUACCUAGCAGUAAACAAGGUUGGCCCAUCGCACUGAAGAUAAUUCAAAAUCAUAAUAAUAGUGAAAUUGUUCCGAUCGUAAGUUUACAUAUCCAUGAAAACGUUCAUAUCGACCAAAUUGAGGAUGGAAGCUUUGUUCGGGAUGUGGUGCUUCCAGAUCUGUAUGAUUUGGAGUCAGCAUUCCAAUAUAAGUUUACUCAUUUAGAAAAGAUUAAAACAUUUGCUCCAGAUGUAUGGCAUGUUUGUAUUGAUAUAGAUGUAAUAUGUGGGUAG